AUGCAAGACGUGGUGCCAAGAACCGACAACUUGCAGAAGGACAUAGCAACCAAGAACAACCAGUCAACCUCACCAGGAAGAAACGAAGCAUAUUCCGCAUAUUCAGCAUAUACCCGUACCUACCUGACCUACAUUCUUGGCGUCGUCCAGCUGAUAUCUACGUUGACAACAACAAUCUAUUUUCCAUUGAUACCAACACUCAGCACCCACUUCUCCGUAUCCGUUCAAGCUAUCAACUUGACAGUCACUGUAUACGCCAUUUGCCAGGCCCUAUCACCAGGAGUAUUCGGUUCUUUGGCAGAUUCGUAUGGACGACGACCGGUACUAUUGGCGCUUGUUACCACGUACACGAUGGCAAGCUUGGGCCUGGCGCUCAAUAAGAACAGCUACACAGUUCUCAUGGUAUUGCGAGCAUUUCAAAGUAUCGGCGGGUCGGCAACAGUGCCGAUCGCUUAUGGAAUUGUAGCUGACGUCGCUGUUGUGUCAGAGCGAGGAGGCAUGCUAGGACCAAUGUUGUCGACUUGCAACGGUAUUUCUGCAUUUGGACCGGUCAUCGGUGGAGCGCUGGCGAUGAAGUCCACAGGACCUAUGGGCGUUUUCAUGGCUUUGCUUGGUAUCGCCAUCUUGUGCCUUCUCCUUGUUGGCUUUUUACUACCAGAAACGUCAAGGGCUAUCGUUAGGAACGGAUCUAGGCCCGCAACUGGAAUCUGGCGUACUUGGACAUCCUUUCUCUCGAGAGAGCAGGAGGAUCGAUCUGCUACGAGUAUUCAAGACCGGCCUUCGAUGCCAAAGCCCAGCCAGACUUUUCGAAAAGUUUUCGAUUCCAUACGCAUUAUCCGGCAUCCAGACGCUGCUGUGAUCCUCUGUAUGGUAGCCUCGUCUUAUGGUAUCUACUACACCUUUCAGGUCGCCCACUCUGUCCUAUUUGAGGAGCUCUACGGCUACAACGAGCUGCAGAUUGGCCUGAGUUUCCUCCCUGCGCUAACUGGUAUGACGAUCGGCGGCACAAUAGCUGGAAAGCUUAUGGACUUCAACUAUGCUCAUCAUGCACGUCAAAUUGAGAUCGCGGAUCCAGCGAAUAUACUAGAUUUUCCAAUCGAAAACGCCCGUUUCAGAAACAUGAUACCAAUCAUACUCGCUGAGAUGACCUUUAUAACGGGCUAUGGUUGGGCAGUACAACACAAUGUACACCCUGCGAUUCUUCUUGUCUUAGAGUUCUUCAUUUCCACCUUAGCUACACUGCUAAGUCAUACUGCGAACGCGCUCCUCGUGGACGUGUUUCCCGAAGUACCGAGCACUGCGUAUGCCUCGGGUCAGCUUGCACGAGGCGGAUUCAGCGCGGCGUCUGCGGCUAUAAUCGAUCCGUUGAUGCGUUCUGUGGGUCGUGGGUGGUACUUCACUAUCUUCGCGGCGUUCACUGGGGCUGGAUGUUUAACGUGCGUAAGUUUAAGUCGAUGCGCUGGUAUGCGAUGGCGCCGAAAAAGGUAUCUGGACACCAGCAGUAGGUCAGUAGAGGGAGCGAGUAGUCAAGGAGUUUGA